AGCUGAAGACGGAAAUAUCUUAUUUCUUGUGCAAGAUAUCUUAAAUCUUAGGAUUCUCUUUAGCCUUAUAUUAACUGCCAUUCCAAUAUUGGAUGAUAGAUACGCCAAUUCCACGGAUUCCGAAGUUACUUCAAUUAUUCCUAAGGAAGGAUUCUUCUUAGAGUACGAUCAAGAGACUGAACGAGAACCACUGGAUUGGACAAGUUUGUAUAGUAACAGGCAAUAUACAAUUAGAGCUGUUAAAGAAACUAUUUAUUUUAAUUUUUCAUGUGGAACCGCAUAUAUUUUUAAAACAUUAAAUCCAUUAAAGUUUGGUCUUGAAUAA